AUGCUUUAUAACCAGGGCUGCGUGUUAGAAUCCCUUACAGGUUACAUUGUAAACACAAAGCAUAAUACGUAAAUUAUACUUACAUCGAAAUACACAUUCCCAGCCUCCCCCUAGCUCCUGAGUCAGUGGGUCUUGGAUAAGGCUUGGGAAUCUGAAGCUGACACAUGCUGUAAGGGAAAAACGAGGCGAAUGUGAGCCUGUCUACAACUCCAGGAAUCGGUGCUCUCCAGCAAAGCCUCAUGAGGCUCGGAAUCUGACGGAAGCCAAGCCCCGUCCUGGAAGGAGCACUGGGAGGACAGCGCCUGCCUGCCUGCCUGUCCCGUCUCUGUCUGAGCCUCUCCUCCAUCUGCCUGAGGCUGGCGACCCCCUGGGGCUUGAGGAUGAAGCUGAGCCCACCGCACUGGCCCCUAUCCUUCCUCCUUGUGCUGUUGCCCUGGCCUCUGGCCACUGCAGCAUCAACAACCCCUUGGCCGUGCCCACCCGGCGAGGAGCCCAACCUGGAACCAGGGCAGGGCACAUUAUGCAGGUCCUGCCCCCCAGGCACCUUCUCAGCUUCCUGGGGCUCUAGCCCUUGCCAGCCACACUCCCCCUGCAGCUCUCGAGGGAGGCUGGAGGCCCAGGUGGGCACGGCAACUCGAGACACACUGUGUGGAAACUGCCAGCCUGGGUGGUUUGCCCCGUCAGAGGUCCCCCGUGUUCCCUGUCAGCCAUGCUCCUGGACAACCCUGGGUACUCGCAGCUGUUACGAGCGGGGGCGACGGGCCCGACGUGGCGUGGAGGUGGCAGCAGGGGCGAGCGGCGCGGGGGAGACGCGGCAGCCUGGGAACAGCACGCGGGCGGGCAGCCCCGAGGAGACGGCUGCCCAGUACGCGGUUAUUGCCAUUGUGCCCAUCUUCUGUCUCAUGGGGCUGCUAGGCAUCCUGGUGUGUAACCUGCUCAAGCGGAAGGGCUACCACUGCACGGCCCACAAGGAGGUCGGGCCUGGCCCUGGAGGUGGAGGCAGCGGGGUCAACCCUGCCUACCAGACUGAGGACGCCAAUGAGGACACCAUUGGGGUCCUGGUGCGCCUGAUCACAGAGAAGAAAGAGAAUGCGACGGCCCUGGAGGAGCUGCUGAAGGAGUAUCACAGCAAACAGCUGGCGCAGACCAGCCACAGGCCUCUGCCCAGGCUGCCGCCCGGCCCACCCAACAUGCCGCACGUCUGCCCACAUCACCACCACCUCCACACUGUGCAGGGCCUGGCCUCACUCUCUGGCCCCUGCUGCUCCCGUUGUAGCCAGAAGUGGCCCGAGGUGCUGCUGUCCCCCGAGGCUGCAGCUGCCACCACCCCUACUCCCAGACUCCUGCCCAACCCGGCCAGGGCGCCCAAGGUCGGGGCCAAGGCAGGACGCCAGGGAGAGAUCACCAUCUUGUCUGUGGGCAGGUUCCGUGUGGCCCGAAUUCCUGAGCAGCGGACGAGUUCAGUGGCCUCGGAGGUGAAGACCAUCACGGAGGCGAAGACCAUCACGGAGGCCGGGCCCUCAGGGGGUGAUCUCCCUGACUCCCCACAACAUGGCCUCUCCAGUGAGCAGCGCGCACUGCUGGGAAGUGGUGGAAGCCACGCUAAAUGGCUGAAGCCCCCAGCAGAGAACAAGGCCGAGGAGAACCGCUAUGUUGUCCGGCUGAGUGAGAGCAACCUGGUCAUCUGAGGGGCUGUCUCGUCUGAGGACACUGCAGCCCUGCCCUGGGAGAUUCCGAAGGCUUCCUGGAGGAGGUAGAGCUGCAGCUGAGCCAGUGAGGAUCCAGAAUGGCCCAGCAGACAGAACAGCCAAGGCCAAGGCCUGGAGGUGGGAGCAUCCACCCCAGUGAGGAGGCAGGCCAGCCGGCCGGCGGGUGCUAUGUGCAGGAGCAGGUUGAGAGCCCCUCCUGUCCCUGCCGCCCAUUUCCUUCCCUGCAGGAUGUCCCUGAUGCUGUGCCCUGCCCUGGCUGGAUCCUAGGAGCCCACAGGGUCCUCUGCACCACCGGGUGGCUAGGCCUCAGUGGUGAGGAGGGGCCCUCUACCUGGCCCCACGCCUUAGUGAUGAGCCACCCCUUGCCUCUGUAGAGGGGACCUCCCCCUCCUUUCUGACAGGUCCUACAAAGGGAGGGGUCAACAAAAAGCCAUGAGCUAGGAACCGAGUUCCUGGGUUCUAAUCCUGGGCAAGCCCCUGGCCAUUACUGGGUCCCAAUUCUUCUGACUGACUGUGAAGCGGGGAGAGAGUGGCGUCUCGGUGCCCAGGGCCUUCCAGCAUCUUGCAGGCUCUGGGCUGGGUCGUGUAGAUGGAGAGCUUGACCCCUUGCCACCCCUCCCACUAGUAGUUUUAUCUGGCCCCGUUUUUGCUGCUUCAGGGCCACCACCUUCAAGGCUCCCAUGGGGCUGCCCAUCCAUGGCUCUGCCUACAGAAGGGGCAUAAUGCACGUGCCUGCCCCUGACCCUGCUGUUUUUAUUGAAAUUGAAAAAACAGACUUGACCUGGGCAGGGCUGUGGUACAGAGCCCCAGCCUGCCCAGCCACCCACAAGACCUCAGGCGUUUUGGAGGGUAAGGGGUGAGGCCUCUGGCCUCGGUGGUUUCUGUGUCCCUGUGGUGUUGGUGUGUCCAUCCCCUGGCCUGGGCAGUGCGGGCGACUGCCCAGCCCGCGUCUCCACUCUGGCUCAGCAACCUCGUUAUUUAUGUGGGGCUGUGCAGGCAUGGGCCCACUGCUGUCCCCGUUUCUCUUAUUUAUUGAAACUUUGCUGUUGUCCCACCCUUGUGUCUCCACGCCCAUCCAUUUGUUGAAUAAUAAAAGGUGGGAAAGUAGUGUCAUGAAGAGCUGCUUUUUCCCUGUGCCUCUUCUCAGGUCUGCCUAUUCAGUGAAUAGUUCUGUGUCGGGCUCCGUGUGUGGGACAGGCCAUCCCUCCCCUGGCAGCGCCUGCUGUUUGGCAGGUGGACACCAGGCAGCAGCUGAAGUGGGGCCGGAGGAGGCCUCUCAGGUCACCUGGUUCUCACUGAAGGCCCUAGAAGCAGUGCUGUCCAACGGAAAUAGAGUGUGUGCCACGUAUGUAAUUAAAAUUUUUCUAAUAGCCACAUUUUAAAAAGUAAAAAGGAACAAGUGAACUUAUUUUAAAUGAUAUCGACAAUGUAUUUUACUUAAACCAGUAUAUCUAAAAUACUUUCAUUUCAAUAUGAAAUCAGUAUAAAAAUUAUGAAUGAACCAUUUUUUUUGCUUUGAAAUGUGGCAUGUAAAAUACACUUAAAGCACAUCUUAAUAUGAAGUAGCAUAUUUCAAGGGCUUGAUAACCACAUGUGGCUAGUGGCUCCUGUAUUGGACAGCACAGUUCUAGAGGAAGUGGAGCCUGGCAAAUGGAUGGGGUAAGUAAGGCAUAUUGAGGGCUGGAGAAUGUGGGAAGGGGAGCUGUGUUCCACAGAGGGAACAGCAUGUACAAAGGCCGGACGGCAGUGAAAAUAUGAGGAGCUGGAGAAGCUGCAAGUACAGAGUGACUGAGGUGUGAAGGCUGGGCUGGGGGUGGCAGCAGAAGGCAGCCACAUGGGCUCUUGGAAGCCAUUGGCCCUAUGCCAGGGAUGCCCAAGGAGCCUCUAGAGCAUUCAGGAAGGACUGGCCAGCUCAUUUCUGACCACUGUGGAGGGUGGGGGAGCUGUGGGAGCAGGGAUCCACAGGAGGCUGUUGCAGCCAUCCAGACAAGAGACGGAGGAGCAGGGGUUUGCGGGGGCAAUGGAAAGACUCCUGGGACAGAGGACAGAACUGCUAGGGCUUGGUGCCGGGAUGUGGCUCACAGGAUUAGGGCCAGCUGGGUGGGGAGCAGUGAUACAGACCCACGGGAUGUCCUGAGGCACCUGCACGUGAAGGCCCGCAGCGCUCGAGGGACAGACCUGGCCUACGAUGAUACCUGGAAGCACUCAGAUGGGCAUUUGCACCAGGACUGGACUGGGAGGGAGCAGGUUCCAGGGAGAGUGCUCAGGGAAGACCCAAAAAGGUGGGAAGGGAAGCAAGCAGGAGAGUGCAGCGUCCUGGAAGCCAGGGAAGGACGAGAGUGUGGGGAGCAGGGUGGGUCACAAGGCCAGGCGCUGCUGCAGGGUCAGGACUUGCGUCCCCUGGCUAGCCGACACAGGGAUGUGGCGAGAGCAGAGCCAGGUCCCAGUGGGCUGAGCUUCCUGCAGAAGCCUGACUGUGCCAGAUAAUAGCUGAUGGGCCCUCAGGCUCCAGGGAGAGGGUUUUUAGUUAAUUCCAGGUUCUUUUGGUGUUUGGUAUGGUUUUAAAACACGGAGGGUCUUCCCUGGUGGUCCAGUGGUUAAGACUCCGCACAUCCACUGCAGGGGGAGCAGGUUCAAUCCCUUGUCGAGGAACUAAGAUCCCUGCGUGCUGCAUGGUGCGGCCAAAAAAGAAAAAAAAAAAAAGGAAGGAAAGGACAUAUUUCAACACUAAUGGGAAAGAGGCCUAAGGAGAGGCUGAAGAACCAGAAGUGACGGUUCAUGGAACCUGGGGAGGUGUGGAAAGGGACGCCCUACGGGAGGCCCAGGCUUCACACAGGGCAGAAGCCAUGGCAAGGGGCCGGCCUAGCAGCUUAAGAGAAAAAUCCCUGCCUGAGGGGAGGCUGAGCUUUGAGAUUCUGACCUCUCCCUUUCUCUCACCUCUCUUAGGACACAGGCUUCUCUCUCUGGGGCUUCUCAGGUGGGCAGGAAAGGGAGGGCACCUCUGAGGACCCAGGAGGCAAAGCGCAUCACCUGCUCUAGGAGAGGGGAGGGAAGGAGACAGGCUGGACAUCAGGAGGAAUUUUCCAGAGCACCAAAGGUUGCCAAAGUCUAGAACAGGGUGUCUUGUAGGGGACCAGUGGGCAUCACCAGUGCACCCCGGGGAAUGUUCCCUGGGGCUGCCGUGGUGCGACUGGUGUCCCUACUCGCCAGCUGUUCAGCUGCACCUCAGGGUGUGCUUCUCAAACUUGGCUGUCCCCUCAGCCAACCAACCCCACUUCACCAAGGACUUGUGUGACACAAUGAGAUGAGGACGAGAUAGUGCCCUGGGGGAAAGGGGUGGGAGGCUGAGCCCUCCCACUCUCUGGCCUCCUUUCCCAGGGGGAAGUUGGACUCUGGUCUCUGGAUGCCCUCUUGCCUGGAGUGAGGCACAUACAGAUGCCAGCGACAGUUGGAGGCUGAGGCUGGGUCUGGGCUUCCCGGGUUAGGUAACGCACACCCCAUCUCAGUGCUGGGCCCUGGGGUAAUAAGCACUGCUCCCCUCCAGACCACUCCCACCACCCCAAUUUCCUGCUUGCUGGAAGGUAAGAGAAGGAAUAGCCCUGGCCUCAGUCUCUUGUCCCUGGAGGAUGUUGAGGCCAGCUCCCGAGAGAGUGGGAUGAGGAGCUGAGCGAUCAGGUAGGGGUGUG